AUGAAUUGCCAGUUUUGUUACACGGCGAAAAUGGGGUUGAGGAAAAAUCUCAGCGCGGCGCAGAUCGUGGAGCAGGUCGUGCAGGCGAGACGGAUGGUGGGCGCGAGCGAGGUGUCGAACGUAGUCUUUAUGGGCAUGGGGGAGCCGCUGCACAACGUCGAUGAGGUGUUAAAGGCGGUAUCAAUCUUGUUGGAUCCCAAAGGAUUGGGGUUUUCGCGUAACAAAGUCACCGUGAGCACGUCUGGGCUGGUUCCACAGAUGGAGCGAUUUUUACGCGAGAGUGAGGCGUCGUUGGCCGUGUCGCUCAACGCCACGACGGAUUACAUUCGCAACUGGAUCAUGCCCAUCAAUCGCAAAUACAACCUCGAAAUGCUUCUUGGAUUGCUCCGUCGCGAGUUUCCGCGCCAAUCUCUCGGUAGGCACCAAAGACAGGUAUUUUUCGAGUACAUCAUGCUCGAAGGCGUGAACGACAGCGACGAGGACGCGGAUCGAUUGGUCGAAAUCGCUCGCGACAUUCCGUGCAAAAUCAAUCUCAUUUAUUUCAACACGCACGACGGUUCGGAGUUCAAGUGCAGCGAUCAAGAGCGAAUCAACGCUUUUCGCCAGCGCGUCAGCGAUGCGGGCGUGACGUGCACGAUUCGACAGUCUCGAGGGGACGAAGAGAUGUCGGCGUGCGGACAGCUCGGCAAGCCGGACGACGAGGCAAACUGGAAACCUCCGCCGCCUCGCAUGCGAGACCCGCGCACGCGCGCGCAGCGCUUGUGA